GAGCCGAGCCAGGACAGCAGAGGUCCUCCUGAUGGGCCCUCGCCUCUCUGUACCGGGAUCAGACCGGCGGCCCUUUGAGGACGAUGGACGCUCUGAUCCCGCCUGACCCCAGUUUCAGGACCAGGACCGGGAUGGACUCCAGAACGUCAGCGUGCAGACGCACACUCGGUGUGAUGCUGCUGGUUGCCGGCACGCUGGUUUCCAUGGUGACAUCGAGCUCACCUGCUGCAGGUGUGCCGGACUUCAACAGGACGGAAGAGUCUACAUCCCGUCCUUCAUCACCAUCAUCACCCUCUUUCUUCCCUCUCAGACCCCUGGCCCCCAACCCACCCUCAGACUCUGGUUACAAUAGUAACAGUGGUGGAGCAGGCUCUGCGGAGGAAUCAGACUCUGGUGCUCAGGGGAUCCACCUCCUACUGAGACCUCCAGACCUCCUUUCGCCUAGUCUCCCCCCACCCCUCCCCCCACACACCCAGCCUACACUCACCCCUCCUCCUCCCUGGGAGCAGGGCCCCUCCCUGGAGGAGGCCUGGGGCUCCGGAGACUACCUGGAGACUCUGUCCUUCAUGGUACCCGAUGGUGAGGAGCUGGCCUUAGCCACACCACUGCCCAACCACCCGUACGACGAGGACCCUGGGGAGGACUGGGUCUCCUAUGACACUGCCUUCCCUGCCCGUCCCACCCUCCCCCUCUCCUCCCGCCUAUCUCUCUCACCCUCCUCCUCCACCCCCAGCAUCCCCCUGCACACUCGCCCCACCCAUCCAGACGCCUUCCCCGUCUGGGACGAGGACUACGACCUAGAAGACAUGAUGCCUCUGGAGCCAACUGAGCUGCUGCUACCGGACAUGAACAGUCUGGAGUACUACACCAAUCUGCUGGAGAGGGAGAGAGAGAGGGCGAGGGAAAGAGCCCAGGACCGGGUCAACCCGACCGACUCUAAACCUUACAUCAGUCCCACAACAACCCUGACCCACCGUUCCCCUCCGUCUCCAUCCCCGACCUCCGGCCCUCCUCCAGGACAGGAGCCCAAGCCUCCACUGGCGGGGCCCACCCCUCCCCUCACCCUUUCACCUUCUGUCACAGGUGAGGAUAAGUCAACCAUCAUCAAAACUCCUUCCACCCCCUCUCCUCAAAAACCUAAAGACCACGCCGCAGUCCCGGGCAGACACCCUCUUCGUCCCCCUUCCAACACCACUGGCCGGGUGCCUCCCCCUCCCCCGCUGGGUCCGCCCACUCGCCCCGACAGACCAGAAAGGCCUCCCGUGGUCAUAGAGAAGCCAGUGAAGCCUCCACCCACUAGGAUCACCACCACCACGACCAAGGUGACAACCACCACCUCUGGCAUCACCACCACCACCCAGAUCACAGCCAUCAGCCUGACCAGAGCCCCCCCAGUCACUACACCCAGGGUGGGUCAGACCCCGCCCACCAGACAGUACCUGUGUAACGUAACCAAGCCAGAGAUGUACCUGGUCAGAGUAGUCAGUUCCAAAGGUUCAUCGGCAGGUUUCACUCAAGUCAGAGAUCUUCUGAAGAGAGAGUUCAACCGCUCAGUGGAGCUUCAGUUCCUGAGAACUCCGUCCAGUUUUGCCUUCCGUGUCGUGUCAGGACCGUUGAUCUUCACCGCCAUGUCCGUCAUCAACGCCCUCCGCCAACCACCACGCGGCUCCGGCCCCAUCCCCAGCGUGUCACCACUCUACACCGUACCUGACCUCAGGUACCAGGUCCACACUGUGCUGCAGUUUGUCCCCGCCCACGUCGACGUCAGAGUCUGUAACUUCAGCGAAAGGAUUGAGAGAGGGCUGAUGAUGGCGUACGCCGAGACGCGGAGACAAUCACACGAGGCAGGAAACGUCACCGUACAGCUCCUGAACAUCACCAUGGGCGUGAUCCGGUCGGCAGGUGAGCAAAAGGUUUCCGUCGACAUCACCUUUGCGGUGCGAGAUGGACGGGACUACCUGCCGGGGUCAGAGGUCAGCGAACACCUGAGGAAGCUCAACCUGGUCGAGUUCAGCUUCUAUGUGGGAUUUCCUGCCCUGCAGGUCGCAGAACCUUUCCACUACCCUGAGCUGAACACGUCUCACCACCUGCGCUCCACCUGGGUCCGUACAGUGCUGUUGGGAGUUCAGGAGCAGCUGGUGGCUGAGAGAAGCUUUAAAGCUCGUCUGGAGAGACGUCUGGCUCUGCUGUUGGAGGAGGGACUGCAGGGGUCCAGCAGGAGGCGCUGGAGGAGAGCAACAGCUGUGGGCAACAACAGUCUGCAGGUGGUGCGGGUGGCGAGGCUCUCGGGGCCGGAGCGCUCCCUGGAGGUCUUUUAUUUUGUCGAGGGUCCAGGUGGUGAGCGGGUACCAGCCGAGGUCACAGCGGCCACCCUGAACCGUCUGGACCUUCAGAGAGCCGCCAUCGUCCUCGGACACCGAGUCCAGAGACCGCUCGCCCAAC